UUCCCACGGUAUUACGUGGGGUGAUACUAUAAGAUAGACAGGCCUCUCUGGAUCAGAGAACCAUUAAAAGCGAGUGCAGCCUGUGCUGUGCCAUCUUUGAUGAGAAAGACCAAUAGCCCAUCCUCGCUGUAUUGCUCUCACUCCUUGUUUUAUCUAUAUUUCUGAGACUUGUUAGCUUUAGCCAUGGAGGAUGAGGAUUUUGAGGAAGAGGAGGUCUGGGCUGCUGUGAGGGAGAGGAAAGAUGAGAGCCCAAAGACUAGGAGGACCAAGGAUUCCACUGGCUCUUCUACCACUAGGCGCCUCCCAACUCCCUCCAAAAUGAUGCCAAGGUCCAAUGCCAAUGCCAGUGGUAGAACGUUUGGACAGUCUGCUCCUGUUGCCAUCCCUGACUGGUCUGAGAUCUACAAGCACAAGGGCUCUUCUGAGAGCCGUAGUUACAGAUUCGAUGGCGACAAAGAUGGCCAAAAUCGUGCAUCAGAUCAUGCUGCCAACGAUGAUGACUGCGAAGAAGAUGAUGAUGAUGAUGAUAAGGUCCCCCCGCAUGAGUGGCUGGCGAAGAAGAUGGCCAGGAGCCAGAUCUCAUCCUCCUCCAUGUGUGAAGGAGCUGGGAGGACACUCAAGGGAAGAGACCUCAGCAAGAUGAGAAAUGCUGUGCUCACAAGGACUGGGUUCUUGGAGUGAGGUGAAGCAGGAGUAGUACUUUUUAAGCAGCUAGCCUUUUGUUUUCUCUUAAGUGAUCGGUGUGGAAUAUUGGGUGAUGCUCGAUGACAUCUGUGGCUCUGGGAGGGGUCAAUCAGUGCUGCUAUUGGGGUCUGUUUGUUUUCCUUUUUCUUUUCUUUUUCCUUCACUUUUUUUCUUUCUUUGCCUGGCAGCACUGAGAUUUUGUCUGCUGAUUUGCGUUGCUGGCUUUGGGAGAUGAGGGGUAGUUUCUUUUGUACUGAGAGUUUUGGGUGUCACCACCUGCUCCUCCCUUGUUGGCUGCAGCUGCUGCUGCUGCUGCUGCUGCUGCCAAGGGGGAGUACAAGGUCUGAGCUCUUUUUGGCCAUGAAUCAAUGGAUUGUGUUCUGCUCUU